AUGGUAGAGUCUCAUGAAGCCAAAGCCAAUAACCUUAAGGUUAUUUUCCUUCCCUUCUUAUCUACAAGUCACAUAAUUCCUAUGGUUGAUAUGGCAAGGGUAUUUGCUAUGCAAGGUGUUGAUAUCACCAUAAUCACCACCGCAGGCAACGCUGCAAUUUUCCAAAAGUCCAUCGACCGCGAUUUCAAUCGUGGUCGCUCCAUACGAACACAUGUUUUGGAGUUUCCAGAUAAACAAGUUGGUCUUCCAGUUGGGGUGGAAACCUUCAAUGCCGAUACUCCUCCUGACACGCCUCCGAAGAUCUAUUAUGGACUUGCAAUUCUACAGCCACAAAUAGAGAAUCUGUUUUUAGAGUUACAAGCUGAUUGCAUAGUAAGUGAUAUGUUUCAUCCGUGGACUGUAGGAGUUGCAGAAAAGUUAGGCAUUCCGCGGAUUAUUUUCUAUGCUGCGAGUGUUCUCUCUCGAUCUGCGGUUCACACGUUGGAACAACAUGCAAGUCACACUAGGGUGGACCGUGAUUCUGACAAAUUCACGAUGGUAGGGUUGCCACAUAAAUUGGAGAUGACUAGAUUGCAGUUACCAGAUUGGAUGAGAAAGCCAAAUGCUUAUGGACAGUUAAUGAAGGUGAUCAAUGAUUCAGCUACAAGAAGUUAUGGCGCAGUAUUUAAUAGCUUUUACGAUUUCGAGGGUGCUUAUGAAGAGCAUUACAAGAAUGCAUUUGGAACAAAGUGUUGGAGCUUAGGACCAGUUUCAUUAUGGGCAAAUCAAGAUGUUUCUGAUAAGGAAGAAAGAGGAGACAAGAGAGUAGAAGAAGGAAAUAGUGACUUGCUUAAAUGGCUAAACUCCAAGAAAGAGAAUUCUGUUCUCUAUGUAAGUUUUGGCAGCUUAAACAAGUUCCCAACAUCUCAACUCAUUGAAAUAGCUCAUGCACUUGAAACUUCAAGCCAUGAUUUCAUUUGGGUUGUUCGUAAAAAUAAUGAUAAAGAAGGUGAAGGAUUUAUGGAGGAGUUUGAAAAGAGAGUGAAAGAAAGCAAUAAGGGUUAUUUGAUAUGGGGUUGGGCUCCCCAAUUGUUAAUACUUGAGAACAAAGCUAUUGGAGGAAUGGUGAGUCAUUGUGGUUGGAAUACAAUAGUUGAAAGCAUGAAUGUUGGUUUGCCUAUGGUGACUUGGCCUUUGUUUGCUGAACAUUUUUUUAAUGAGAAGUUGGUUGUUGAUGUGUUGAGAAUUGGGGUAUCUGUUGGGGCCAAAGAAUGGAGAAAUUGGAAUGAGUUUGGGAGUGAGGUUGUGAAAAGGGAAGAAAUUGGAAAGGCUAUUGCUUUGGUUUUGGAAAAUGGAAAAGAAGCUGAUGAGAUGAGAUCAAGAGCCAAAGCUUUGAGUGAGGAUGCAAAGAAAGCUAUACUUGUUGGUGGGUCUUCUCAUGAAAAUUUGAUGCAACUAAUUCAUGAGCUUAAGUCACUCAAACUUCAAAGGCUCAAGGUCAAUACAAAAGAUCUUUGA